UGCUUGCGUCAUCAGCGCGCGCCGGAAGCAACAUUUUUUUCCUCACCGGCUCCUAAAAAUGAGCUGAAAUGUUUCCCCCUCGCUGGUUCGGACUGUGCGGUCGCUGCAGCCGUGUAGUUUCACGCCGUGGGCUUCCGUGGGGGACCCCGACGGGCCACAGCAGGCUAAGAUAUGCGAACUUUACAGAGGUGCAGCUCCGAGGCACCAAUGCAGUCCCAAAACGCCUUUCGCAUUGUGAUGCAGGGGAUUUGUACAACAACAACUCAGUUCAGAGGUACCUGCAGAAACUGAUGGAGCAACACAGAGACAUCAGCCGGAAGCUACAACACGAUCACCUCUGUGAUGCAGACAGGAAAGCGCUGCUGAAGACGCACACAGAGCUGCUGCCUGUUGCUGGUCUAUUUGGGAGCAUCGAGCAAGCCCAGAAAGACUUGGAGGAAGUCCUUUCGCUUCUGCGCACCGGUACUGAGGAUGGAGAUCCAAACCUGAUCCAGCUGCUCAGAGAGGAGGAGGCGCAGAUCUGCAGCAACAUUCUGACCUUGAGAAAACACUUAAUCAAAGCUCUUGUGCCCGUUGACCCUCUCGACCCAAGCGACGUUGUGCUGGAGAUUGUCUCGGGACGAACAACAGGAGGUGACGUCUGCCAGCAGUUCACCAGGGAAAUGUUUGACAUGUACCGAGGCUUUGCUUGUUACAAGAACUGGGACUUUGAGGUUCUGAACUACUCGCCUGCAGAGUACGAUACACAGAGCAAUGACAGUUGGCUGUCUUUAGGUGGACUGCACCAUGCGGCAGUCAGGAUAGCCGGGGAUAAUGUGUACAUGCACCUGAAACAUGAAGGAGGAACGCACCGGGUCCAGAGGAUCCCUGAGGUGGGCCUCUCAUCCAGGAUGCAGCGGAUCCACACUGGAACUAUGUCGGUCAUCAUCCUGCCGCAGCCAGUGGAGCUGGACGUCCACAUUGACCCAAAGGAUCUGCGGAUCGACACGUUCAGAUCACGGGGCCCUGGCGGCCAGGGCGUUAACACGACGGACAGCGCCGUGCGGAUAGUUCACCUUCCUACAGGAAUGGCGUCCGAGUGCCAGCAGACGCGCUCGCAGCUGCAGAACAGAGACACGGCCAUGCGCAUGUUGAGGGCCAGACUCUACCAGAGCGCGAUGGGCAAGGAGACCGAGCAAAGGCACAUGGCGCGAAAGCAGCAGGUGGGCACACGCAGCCAGGCAGAGAGGAUUCGCACCUACAACUUCAGCCAGGAUCGAGUCACCGACCACCGGACAGGAUACACCACCAGAGACAUUAAGGAGUUCAUGAGAGGAGGGGAGGAGCUGGAGGAGCUGAUCUCAGACCUGCUGGAGCAUUCAGAGCAGGAGGCUCUGCUGGAGGCGGUAGAGAUCGGCAGCUUUGUGACCGGACAGCCUGCAGACUGACGGACGGAUGGACAGACAAGUAGGGCAGCUGGACUGAUGAAUGAAAAAAUAGACAAUGAAAAAUGAAGUAAGGGUGCACCGAUACAGUGACGUGUUCCGUUUAAUAAGUCACCCCAUUGUUGCUGACUCAGAAACUAUUUAUACAAAAAAAAAAAAAAAAAAAGAAAAAUCUGAUUGACCAAAAUCAGAAUUGGCAGGUCAGACUUCUUAAAGAUGGAUGAUCGGCCAGAAAAUUGCAAUCAGUGAACCUUUACAAACGGGCGAGUGGAUGGACAGAAGAUGACCGGAAAGGUGGAGGAUGCGACUUUUAAACUACCAGAUUCCACCCCUUAUGCUUAUCCCAAUCCGGAAAACUGGUCAAAGAAAUUCCAGACCGAGUGGGAACUUCUCUCAUCUGGAAGCAGGCCCGCCACAUCGGGAUGCACGUCUCCAUGCUGCUGCGUCUAUUUAUUUAUUUUUUUAUAAUAAAGCUGAACCGUC